AUGGAUGAAGUUGAAGCUGAAUCUGAAUUAGUUUCAGGUCAUAUGACCGAAUACUCUUCAUCUAUAUUUGUUUUAUUCUUCUUAUCUGAAUAUGCAUCUAUUUUAUUCUUAUCUACAUUAACUGCUAUUUUAUUCUUUGGUGGUGGUACUGGGGUUAUUCUAGCAUUAAAAGCUAAUGUAUUUGCUUAUACUUAUAUUUGA